GCCCGGCCCAAGCCCUGGCGCAAGCUCACGGUGAAGGGCAAGGAGCCCUUCAUCAAGAUGAAGCAGUUCCUGUCGGACGAGCAGAAUGUGCUGGCUCUGAGGACCAUCCAGGUGCGGCAGCGAGGCAGUAUCACCCCGAGAAUCCGCACACCAGAGACCGGCUCGGAUGACGCCAUCAAGAGCAUCCUGGAGCAGGCCAAGAAGGAGAUCGAGUCGCAGAAGGGGGGUGAGCCCAAGAACUCGACAGCCCCACUGAGCAUCACCAAUGGCACAGCCCCCGCCAGCACCUCAGAAGAUGCCAUCAAGAACAUUCUGGAACAAGCGCGCCGCGAGAUGCAAGCGCAGCAGCAGGCCCUGCUGGAGAUGGAGGCAGGCCCCCGCGGCCGCUCGGUGCCUCCCUCGCCCCCAGAGCGGCCCUCGCUGGCCGCCGCGAGCCAGAACGGGGCCCCGACCCACGUCAAGCAGGAGGAGAGUGGUGUCGGCGGCGGUGGCGUCAGCGGUGGGGGGACCAGCAGCAGUGCCACACAGACAUCCCUCACGGUCCUGUCCCCCGCCGCCUUUGUGCAGAGCAUCAUCCGGAAGGUCAAGUCAGAGAUCGGCGAUGCCGGCUACUUCGACCACCACUGGGCCUCGGACCGCGGCCUCCUCAGCCGCCCCUACGCCUCCGUCUCGCCCUCACUCUCCUCCUCCUCCUCCAGCUACUCCGGCCAGCCCAACGGGCGGGCCUGGCCCCGUGGGGACGAGGCCCCCACGGCCCCCGAGGAGGAAGCGGCCGGGAGCGAGGACGAGCCCCCCAGGGUGGGUGAGCUCAAGGCCGAGGGGGGCGGCCCCGAGGGGGGCAGCGGCGGGCGACUGGCCUACUACCCGGCCUACGUGCCCCGCACGCUGAAGCCCACCGUGCCGCCCCUGACCCCCGAGCAAUACGAGCUCUACAUGUACCGGGAGGUGGACACCCUGGAGCUGACGCGCCAGGUCAAGGAGAAGCUGGCCAAGAAUGGAAUCUGCCAGAGGAUCUUCGGGGAGAAGGUGCUGGGUCUGUCACAGGGCAGUGUGAGUGACAUGCUGUCCCGGCCGAAGCCGUGGAGCAAGCUGACGCAGAAGGGGCGGGAGCCCUUCAUCCGCAUGCAGCUGUGGCUCUCGGACCAGCUCGGCCAGGCCGUCAGCCAGCAGCCCAGCGCCUCCCAGGCCAGUCCUACUGAACCAAGGUCCUCGCCAUCCCCACCCCCUAGUCCCACGGAGCCGCCGGAGAAGGCAUCCCAGGAGCCCCUGAGUCUGACACUGGAGAGCAGCAAGGAGAACCAGCAGCCGGAGGGACGCUCCAGCUCCUCGCUAGGUGGAAAGAUGUACUCGGGCAGCCAGACCACAGGGGGCAUCCAGGAGAUCGUGGCCAUGUCCCCCGAGCUGGACACGUACUCCAUCACCAAGAGGGUCAAAGAGGUCCUCACGGACAACAACCUAGGGCAGCGGCUAUUUGGGGAGAGCAUCCUGGGGCUGACACAGGGCUCCGUGUCGGACCUGCUGUCCCGACCAAAACCCUGGCACAAGCUGAGCCUGAAGGGGCGGGAGCCCUUUGUGCGCAUGCAGCUGUGGCUCAACGACCCCCACAAUGUGGAGAAGCUGAGGGACAUGAAGAAGCUGGAGAAAAAAGCCUACCUGAAGCGCAGGUACGGCCUCAUCAGUACCGGCUCAGACAGUGAGUCUCCAGCCACCGGCUCCGAGUGCCCCAGCCCCUGCCUGCAGCCCCAGGACCUGAGCCUCCUGCAAAUCAAGAAGCCGCGAGUAGUGCUGGCCCCUGAGGAGAAGGAGGCACUGAGAAAGGCCUACCAGCUGGAGCCUUACCCCUCCCAGCAGACCAUCGAGCUCCUCUCCUUCCAGCUCAACCUCAAGACCAACACCGUCAUCAACUGGUUCCACAACUACAGGUCCCGGAUGCGCCGGGAGAUGUUGGUGGAGGGGACCCAAGAGGAACCAGAUCUCGACCCCAGUGGGGGUCCUGGCAUCCUACCGCCAGGCCACUCCCACCCAGACCCCACUCCGCAGAGCCCCAGCUCUGAGGCUGAGGACCAAAAGCCUACCGUGAAGGAACUAAACCUUCAGGAGGGUCCCGAGGAGAGCGUCACACCCCUGACCACGCAGGACAAGACGCAAGUGAGGAUUAAACAGGAACAGACUGAGGAAGCUGAGGAAGAGGCAGGCAGCCAGGACUCAGAGGAGCUGGACAAAGGCCAAGGUGCCCCCAAAGAGGCGCAUCCUGACCCUCUGGGUAACGACGGACUCCCAAAAGCAGCCCCGGGGCUCCUCCUUCCAGGCGGGACCACCCCAGCCUGCCCCUCGCUACAGCCCCUCCAGGAGAGCGAGGGCGGGGAGUGGCUACACCCGGACCCUCUAAGUUUUAAGUCGGCCUCAGAGUCCUCACGCUGCAGCCUAGAGGUGUCGCUGAACUCCCCCUCAGCUGCCUCCUCGCCAGGCCUCAUGAUGUCUGUGUCACCUGUUCCUUCCUCUUCAGCGCCCAUCUCCCCAUCCCCACCCGGCACCCUCCCUGCCAAAGUGCCGAGUGCCAGCCCCACUGCCGACGCAACCGGGGCCUUGCACCCCAGCAUCAAGGUGAACCCCAACUUGCAGCGGCGGCAUGAGAAGAUGGCCAACCUGAACAGCAUCAUCUACCGGCUGGAGAGGGCUGCCAAUCGCGAGGAGGCCCUGGAGUGGGAGUUCUAAAGGUGGGGGCAAGGGGCUCGCCGCGGGGCCACCUUCCCUCUCACUCAGGGCGGGGUGAGGAAGGGAGGAGCUCAGCCAUCAAAACGUGGACCGCAGUGUCGCGCCGCUUGACAUCUUUGGUUGU